GUACCUUUAUACCUCGGUGGCAGCAGAGGACCGGAAAAUCGAUCAGCGGGCGAUCGGCGCUGCUGUGCCCCAAAAACGCAAAGCAGCGACGGAAACGCCGCAAUGGACCAAGAUGAAGGCAGCAGCAGCGCCGCCGAGGCUGCCCAGCAAUUAGUAGAAGUGCUGCUGCCCAUGGACGCGACGCCGACGCUCGCCGCGCACGUCGAGCCGCACGCGGCCUUCGUCACCUCUGUCUCGGAGCGCGCCGACGUCAUACUAAGUUCCGCGCUCUUCCGCGAGCUCUCGCAACGGUUCGAGAAGCUGACUCCCCUGCAGCGCUUCUCACUCCACCUUUCAUUAUUGAAGCACGCCCCUUCAGAAUUCCGGCGUCGUCUCGAGGAUUCCCCUGAUGAGUGGCUCGCCGCCGUCGCGCCUUGUGUAGCUGUUGUUGUGUAUUUGCGGCGAGGCGCGGCGAUCGCGCACGCAUCAUCUUCAGAUGAUUUACUGGAGGUCCUUGACGACGCCGAGCUCGCGCAGUCUCGACAAGACGACGCCGCGACUUUCGCCGCGUCGCUCUACUGCGUCUGUCUUGGUUUGGAGUGGCUAGGCCGCACCGCGUACGACGAGCGGAUCGCGAAUGGAGUCAAACGAGACGGCAAGAUACUAUUGGGCUACGACGAGGACCUGACGGCGUCCGAAUCAUGUGUAUACGACUUCGCCCACGUUAUUGGGGGAGAGGGCUUCGCGCUGACGAGAGCGGAAAUCAGGACGCCCUACGUCGUCGUGCACGUGACGCAGUGUCUUCAGAAAAUCGGUGUGUCGUGGGAGGCGGUCAUCGCCCACUCUCACGUCUUGGCGGCGGAGGUGAAGCGCGUCAAGAGCGAGGUGCACACCACCACCCCAGGUUUAAAAGCGGCAGAAGCGCGCGCGCGCGCGUGGCCCGCGCGGGACGUCACGCAUCUACAAUUUGAGAUUGCCGAGGCGCCCCGUGACGGUUUCGCGGCCCUGGCGUGCACGGCCAAGCUCUCGCUCGAGGACGCGCUGGCGACGAAAACCGCUGACGACCCGCUCGCGCCGGUGCACGUCAAGCACGUGGUGGACGGGCGGCGGAAGUGCCACCUCCGGAGCUGUGAUAUUCUGGAGUCCGACGCGGCGAAAUUCCUACGGUGCGCGCGCUGCAAGGACGCGCACUACUGCUCGAGGGCGUGCCAGGAGGACGACUGGCGGCGCCUGCACCACAAGCGGACGUGCGGUAGGUGUCCCCCGUCCGUUGAUAAGUAGCUUUUUGUUGUUUUCU